UGUCUAAAUUCUAAAGGGAAAGAAUCAUAAUGUUUCCGUUUUUCUGAGCGCGUGCACACAACGCGUCAAAAUUUUCUGGGAAAAUUUUGAAUUGAAUUGGCGAUUUUCUUGUUCUAACGAGAAAGGAAGGUCCAUCAUCACCAUCUUCCAUAAUAAUUCGGUCAAUCUUCACGUUGUUAAUUCAAACUUUCACUGUACACACACACCACCACACAUUUUAGUUCAAGAUUCUGUAUCUUUCUCAUUCAACUGUGUCACACAACAGAUAACACAAAAAAAAAAAACUUUUUUAAUUGUUCUCUCUUUCCCUUCAUCACUCCUACUUUUUCUCCCUGUCAACGAUAUUCUUCCUUAAAAAUCUUCUUUUUCUUUCUUUCUUUCUCUUGGGGUUCUGUACGUGUUUCAUAGAUUCUGUUCUGGGGUUUUUGGCUUCGAGACCCUUUUGCAAGAAAAUGACCGUGGUGGAGGAUCAUAGAAUGGAUGAUCUCAGAGACCAGUUCCCUAUUGGAAUGCGUGUUCUUGCUGUUGAUGAUGACUCAACAUGUCUCAUGGUUCUGGAGACUCUGCUUAGAAGAUGUCAAUACCAUGUAACCACUACUAAAAAUGCAAUAACGGCAUUGAAGUUGUUGAGAGAAAACAAAACCAUGUUUGACCUGGUAAUCAGUGAUGUCCACAUGCCAGACAUGGAUGGAUUUAAGCUGCUUGAGCUUGUGGGGCUUGAGAUGGACCUACCAGUCAUAAUGUUGUCUGUAAAUGAUGACCCUAAGAUGGUGAUGAAGGGAAUUACACAUGGAGCUUGUGAUUAUCUUCUGAAACCUGUUAGAAUUGAGGAGCUACAGAACAUUUGGCAGCAUGUAAUCAGGAGGAAGAAGAUCGAUUCAAAGGAGCGGAACAAAACCAGUGACCAUGACAAACCUAAUGCUGAUAAUGGCAAUGGAAGAGUGUCAGCAGGAACAGGAAAUUCAGAUCAAAAUGGAAAGCCUUCCAAAAAGAGGAAAGAUCAGGAUGAAGAUGAUGAGGAGGAGAACGAGGAUGGCCAUGACAAUGAGGACUCAUCAACUCUGAAGAAGCCUCGAGUUGUUUGGUCUGUGGAGCUGCACCGCAAGUUUGUUUCUGCUGUUAAUCAACUAGGCAUUGACAAGGCUGUACCUAAAAAGAUUCUUGACUUGAUGAAUGUUGAAAAGCUUACAAGGGAGAAUGUGGCCAGCCACCUCCAGAAAUAUAGGCUUUAUCUGAAAAGAAUUAGCUGUGUGGCGAACCGACAGGCUAAUCUGGUGGCAGCCUUAGGCACUGCAGAUUCAUCUUAUUUGAGAAUGGGUUCUCUGAGUGGGGUUGGACAUAUGCAGACAUUGACUGGUCCUCAACAGUUUCAUAACAAUGCUUUCAGACCCUUUCCACCUGGUGGAAUGAUUGGUAGAUUGAAUGCUUCUGUUGGUCUGAAUAUGCAUGGGAUAUCUUCUUCAGAAGCUCUUCAGUUGAGUCAUGCACAAAAUUUAAACAAAUCCAUAAAUGAUCCACUUAAGUUCCAAUCAGCCAUAGCUUGUGGUAAUCAAAAUGGUAUCCAGGGAAUGCCAAUGUCUAUAGGCCUUGAUCAAUUGCAACAUAAUAAGGGUGUUAGUGUUGGUCCUAUUCAAAACAUGUCCUCCCUAAUUGAUGAUAGACCAACUUUUGGCGUGUCAAAGAAACUCUCAGAUCAAACACAAAAAGUAACAAUUGGUUGCUCACCCUCUCCGGUUUUGGACAUCUCAAACAAUGACUUGGUAUUGAAAGCAGAUAGUGAAAACACACAAGGGGGCGGAGUAUAUGAGAAUUUAACUUCAGUAGCCUCUCAGCAUUCCCAAUUUUCUCUCCCUUUGUUGGAUCAUGGUAGGUGUAGUGAUAUUUGGUCAAGUCCUAUGCAGUCAUCUGGGACAAAUUCUUACCCUCCAAGUGAAACUUUGCAAGGGGGGAAUCUGAGUGGUCAAUCAUCCAUUACUUCACUGUUUAAUCAAUCCCAUGAUUCACCGACAGAUAUGCACUCUCAAGGACUCAUUUUUACAAAUAACUUGGGACAAAUGAGCAAUAAUGUGCCAUUUCAAGGCUGGGAUGACAAUAAUCAUGAUAGUAAUUACGAUGCAAAUGUUAUUGGUAAUUCAAUAGACACUCUGAUUGAUCCAGAAGGCCAUACUUCUAUCAACUCAAACUAUAAUAGAAAUCUGGACUUCAAUUUCUGUAAUCCCUUACAGAUGAAGCAUGAUGGAAUUAUGGGAUUGAGUGAAGAAAACUCAUUGAAACAACAAUAUGGGUACAUCAUGAACCGGCAGAAGUCUCAAAACAGUAGUGCCACUAAUAAUCUUGGUUCAUUGGAAGACUUUGCCAGUUCAAUGAUGAAACAGAAACAAGACAAGGUGAAAUUCUUGGACGGGUCAUACUUAUGCAACAAUAAUUACCCGGCCGGAACAUCCAUGUGACACGAAUUUUGGCAGUAUAUUUAACCAUCAUGUCAUGCUUUGUUGAUGAAUUUUGUAGCGUGUCACAGGUCUUGGUUUACCACUUUUCCCAGUUUUGUCUUCUUGGUAGUAUUUUUCUAGGCUUGGGUAUUACUUUCAGCAAGGGCUUUCUCAAUUUGUGAAAAUUGCGUUGUUUAUGCAUGGACGGGCCCUCUAGCGCAUUAUGGAGUAAACCAUGUUUAGUUUUGUGUAGA